UCUUACUGGAUGUUUUCCUGACAGUGGGGGGGCGGAAAAAAGAUUUGGAGAACUUCCCAUGGAUCCGAACGUCCAGGGGUCUUUUCUCUUCAACAACAGCCUGAACCAGUUCCCCUCAGACCUUAAGGCACCGGUGUGCCAGUACUCGGUCCCCAACUCUUUCUACAAACUCAACCCGGGCCUUAACACCCAGCUGCAGCCGGGGACUCCCCACGGCAUCAGCGACAUCCUGAGCCGAUCCAUGGUGGGGGUUGGCUCCACCGGCACCACCACGCUGCUGUCUGGGUACUCCCCCAUGGGGGGGUUCGGUCCCUCCGUAACCACUACGUCCAUGUACUACAACCGAGAUUACAACCCCUCGCUGGGCUUCUCCAAAAGCACCGCGGAGUGCCCCAUGAAGGGUCGUAGUAUGAGCUGCUGGGCAGAGAGCAGCUGUGACUGGAGAGGAGGGCGACAGCAGUGCACCAGCGGCAGUGGUCCACUUGGGGAAAUGCCCAACAGGAAGAAACACACCAGACCAACAUUUAGCGGACAUCAGAUAUUUGCUCUGGAGAAAACCUUCGAGCAAACUAAGUACUUAGCCGGGCCAGAAAGGGCAAGACUGGCUUAUUCUCUGGGAAUGACUGAGUCACAAGUUAAGGUGUGGUUCCAGAACCGACGCACUAAGUGGAGGAAGAAGAGCGCCUCGGAGCCCAGCUCCACGCAGGCCACGCACGCCGGACAGGGCGGGGAGGCCUCGGAGAACGAGGUGGAGGACGAGGAGUACAAUAAGCCCCUGGACCCCGACUCAGACGACGAUAAGAUCCGACUGCUGCUGCGCAAACACCGCAGGGCUUUUUCUGUGCUGAGACUGGGGCCGCACCCUGUCUAAACACACACACACACACACACACACGCACCCCACUCAACAGACCUGCAUGCUGUGAUUAAUAAAGUAAACAUUUGUUUAAAGUUGGGGGAGAAGGGAACGGACUGAGCAUGUGCAGAUGAUGUCCCACAGAGGAGAAUUGAAAAGUCAAGAGAUUAGAAUUCAAAUGACAUGAGACU